GAUCAACAGCUUUGAUCAACAGUUUUAGAAGGCGGACUACGUUAAUUAUUACUUUUAAAAUAAAUAAAAUACUAUUUCAUAGAUUAAUAUAUAUUAAUUACAAUAACGACGUAUUAUACUCGUGUUAAUUUAUUACUUUAGUGAUAUAUGAAUGUAAAUUGAAUAAUAGUUAUAUUCAAAAUGACUGGAAGAGCGAAAAAAGUGGCCCAGCCGAAGAAAAAGGCAAAUGGAUAUAAAAUGCCAGCACCUAUCCCAGUUGGUGAGGUGAUAAAUGAUACGAUAGCCAAGAAGAAGUGGCGUAUAGGACCUUCGAUAGGCGUUGGCGGUUUCGGUGAGAUAUACUCUGCUUGUGAACACACCAGUUCACCCAAGAAAACCUCAAGCUAUCCUUAUGUUGUAAAAAUAGAACCACACGAAAACGGUCCUCUCUUCGUUGAGAAACAUUUUUACAUUAGAAAUGCUAGCAAAGACGAUAUUGCUAAAUUCAUGAAAACAAGGAAGUUGGCUUCAUUAGGAAUGCCAUCGUAUUAUGGUAAUGGGUCCCAUGAGUUCAAAGGGGAAAAAUACAGAUAUUUAGUUUUAGAAAGAUAUGGAAAAGAUGUAUGGAGUCUCUUCAAAGAGGCUGGGAGGAGCUUUCCUUCUACUGCUGUCUUCCAAAUAGGAUUACAAAUGUUAGACGUGCUAGAAUACAUACACAGUAAAGGCUACGUUCAUGCCGAUAUCAAAGGAGCAAACAUUCUAAUGGGUAUGAAGAAAGGUACAGAGAACCAAGCAUAUUUGGUUGAUUUUGGUUUAGCCACGAGGGUUAAUGAGAAAGAAUUCAAACCGGAUCCUAAAUGUGCACAUAAUGGAACAAUUGAAUAUACAAGCCGGGAUGCACAUCUGGGAGUGGCAACCAUGCGUGGAGAUCUAGAGAUACUGGGUUACAACAUGUUGCAGUGGCUAGUCGGAGAACUGCCGUGGGAAAAACAUUUGAAACAGCCCAAAACUGUGCAAAAUAUGAAAGAAGCCUUCAUGAAGAAUGUUCGGAAUGAAAUAACAAAACAAUUCCCUAAUGUACCUGAUGCUCUAAUCAAAUACUUUGAGUACAUAAACUCGUUGAAACCAAAAGACAGUGUAGAUUAUGCUAAAUGUAGACAAUUGUUUGAAAGUUACCUCAAAUCGGAGGGAGUAAAUAAGAACAGUAAAAUUGAGUUCACGCAGAACAAAAAACGGAAAGUUACUAAAGUAGACAAUAGCAGCAAAGAUGAUGUAGAAGAUACUGAUGAGGAAACACCGAAAAAAGUACUAAAAAAGAACACGACAAAACAAAAUGGUGAUUUGAAACCAAUAAAGCGACGUAAAAAGACCCCCGCAAAAGCUGUUGUCACUGAAGAAAAUAGUGAAAAUGAGGAACCUGAUGAAAGUAUUGAGAAAGUAAAAAAAUCCAGAGUGAAGAAAAGGAAAUCUGUAGAACCGUCUGUGUUAGUAAAAGUUAAAAAGACAAAAUUGGCGCCGAAAGCAACACCGCCAGCUAAAAAGAACCACACAAACAUUGCAACGCAAACUUCUGCUGAAAAAUCAAAACUAAAUCCAAGACAGGUAUCUUUUGACAGUCCUAUUUGUGAAAUUAUUGGAGAGAAAAAACCAGAAAGAGGUGCUAAAGUCAGCAAAUCGCCCAAUUCGAGUGGGGAUAUAUUUGAUGAUUCGUUCACAAUUGAAGAAAAAAGGAUAAGACCAAAGAGGAAUUUAUUGUCAGAUGAAGAAGUUAUAGUGAAGAGGGUGGUGAGAAAAAAAGUGACAACAGUGAAACCUAAGGCGAAAUCAUGGAAAAAUACGCCCGCUGUACUUAAUGGACGAUCACCACCAAAAUAGUUGUGCCAAGUUCUAUAGUUUUAAUUUUACAUUCAAUAGAAAUUGCCAUCAAUUCUAUUCCCACCAAAAUUCACAAAUAAUAAAUCCAAGUACAAUUAUUGUAAGGAAAGACACGUAAACCCCAAGUGUAAGUUUACGCUAUUUUUUAAUAAUAAUGUAAUUAAAAACUAUAUUAAACUUUGUACACUCAA